AAUUAUGUAUGGAAGACUAUCAAAAAUUGUGAUACUACAGCCGUCAGCCCGUCACAAGCCUUUUGUUUCCAAACCCUUUUCUUCCGUUCUCUUAAACCCUAAGCUCGAAACCUACUGCCUCCUCAAGCUUUCUGCUGCUGCUCAUCUUCACCCUAAACCUUAAUCCCUCCCCUCCUCCUCCUCCUCCUCUCUCUCUCUUUCUCUCUCUCUCUCCUUUCGCGGUUUGGAGUUCGCAGUUCAGGUUGAAUGAAGGAGCAUUUGGUAAAUGAUGAUACCACCAUUGGUGGUGUAGCUGAAGAUCUUAACGAGGAAAUGUCUGCAUCAGAAUCAGAAUCUGACGAAGAUGUGAAAUUAACUGAACCGUCGAAAACUGCAGUUUAUAAUAGAGAUGCUCUGUUGGAUAAACUUGGAGAUAUCAGUUGGCCAGAGAACGUGGGAUGGAUUCACACACUCUCCAUUGAUAUUGAUCAAGAGCAAGAAGUAGAUGUCAAUGAUGACUUAACACGUGAGCUUGCAUUUUACAACCAGGCAUUUGAGGGAACAAAGCAGGCAUAUCAGAAACUCCAGUCAAUGGGUCUCCCUUUUCUGAGGCCUCCAGAUUAUUACGCUGAAAUGGUGAAGACUGAUAACCACAUGCAAAAGGUGAAAGGACGUGUACUGGCAGAGAAGCGGAAGAUGGAAGAGGCCGAAGAGAGAAGAAAGGCUAGGGAGGCCAAGAGGUUGGCGAAAGAGAUUCAAGCCCAGAAGAUGAAAGAACGGGCCAAGCAGAAAAAGCAGGACAUUGAAUCUGUUAAGAAAUGGAGGAAACAAAGGCAACAGAGUGGGUUUGCUGACAAUAGCAAUGAUGCGGAUUCGGGUUUUGACUUUGAGGAUGGGAAGUCAUUUGAGAGGUCAAAGGGCAAAAGGCCAGGAGUGUCUCCGGGUGAUCGGUCAGGAGGGAAGGGGAAGCAAGCCUUUGGAAAAGGAAAGACACAAAAGAAAAGGGAAUUUAGGAAUUCCAAAUUCGGUUUUGGAGGCAGGAAGGGAAUGAAGAAGCAGAACACCGCUGACACGACUUAUGAUGUUAAGGGAUUCAACAAGGGCGAAGGCAAAGGAAAUAAGAAGAGAAAGAGGUAAAAUACACCCGUUUCUUAUAUGCUUCUCGAGGGAUGGAUAUUAUGGUAUGUGCCGAUGGUGGUGGUUCCCCUGAAAUUUUUAUUUACUCUAGUUCUAUUUUACUUGAACUCAUUGUAACUUUCUUAUCGGCAAUUACAAAUUCUUAAAUAUUUACUCCAGUUUUGGUGCUUGGUAGUUCAAUGAUCUAUUACUAUAUGCUGUCCGUUGCAUGGCAUGUAUUAAUUGUAGCUCUUUUUUGACUUGAAGACAGUGUAACUUAGACGUAUAUUCGGAGUGAUUUAUUUACUGUUA